AUGUUUUAAGGAAGUCCUCAGCGACUGUGUAACAGGAAUUAACAAAACUACUCAUUGAUGACCUGCGUAAAUGUGUCACGGUGUGGAUAGUUUUGGGACUUUAAAAGCUAGUUAUUCAUGUAGCAUCGUAACAAAAGUGUAAAGUUUUUUUUUUUUUCAGGAGAAUGAGCAAGCCAACAACACCAUCUACUUAUGUCAGAUGUUUAAAACCUGGCAUGUUUCGGAAACUGGCUGAUUUUUUGGACCCUCAGGAUGCCUGGAAGAAAAUUGCAAUGGAUAUUAAAAAAGCAACAGGAGAACCUCGGUAUAACCAAUUUCACAUCCGGAGGUUUGAAGGAUUGCUAGCAAUGGGAAAAAGUCCUACAAUUGAACUUCUUCAUGACUGGGGAACAACAAAUUGUACAGUCAGCGAGCUUGUUGAUAUUUUAUUAAGUAACCACUUUAUUGCACCAGCUAACCUUUUAAUUCCAGAUUCUGUUGAAGAGGACCAAGUUGUUCGGCCAAAUCCUUCUUUUUGUCCUCAAGAGUCAACUGCUGUUUUUGAGCCAGAAAGACAACCUCCAUCUCCAGAUAGCACAAGUUCAGCAAUCUCUAAUGAUAGUGCUACAGGAUUUUACAACUUUUCCUUUAGUGAAAUAAUGAGAUUCACCAAUAACUUUAAUGAGAAGCCCAUUUCAGAAGGAGGAAAUAAACUUGGAGAAGGUGGAUUUGGAGUAGUAUUCCAGGGAUGUUUCAAUAACAAAAUGGUAGCAGUUAAAAAGCUUUCUGCAAUGCCUGAUUAUUCUCUCCAAGAGUUGAAACAACAGUUUAAUCAAGAAAUUAAAACAAUGAUGAUGUGCAAGCAUGAAAACCUUGUGGAGAUGAUUGGGUUUUCUGAUGAAGGAGAACACCUUUGUGUAGUAUGCACCUACAUGUCAAAUGGUUCUUUGCUUGACAGACUUGCUUGCCUGAAUGGUACCAGUCCUCUGUGUUGGAGUAGAAGAUGCUCCAUUGCCCUGGGAAGUGCCUGUGGUAUUGAAUAUUUACACACCAAUAAACACAUCCACAGAGACAUCAAAAGUGCAAAUAUCUUGCUGGACUCUUUGCUAGUACCAAAGAUUUCAGACUUUGGCCUCACACGGGCAGCAGCAAAGCUGACUUCAACUGUUUUUACUGAAAAAGUUGUUGGCAGCACUGCUUACAUGGCUCCAGAAGCUUUGAGAGGGGAAGUUACAGCCAAGUCAGAUUUCUUCAGCUUUGGAGUAGUUUUACUAGAAAUCAUCUCUGGACUUCCACCUGUUGAUGAAAAUCGUGAGCCACAGUUACUGCUCGACUUCAAAGUUGAAAUUGAAGAUGAAGAGAUGACAUUGGAGGAGUGUGUCGACAAGAAAAUGGAAGGGUGGAAUAUAGAAUCAGUAGAGAAAAUGUAUUUAAUUGCCAGUCAAUGCCUUCAUGAUAACAAAAACAGACGACCUGACAUUAAAAAGAUUAAAGAUGUGCUUGAAGAGCUUAAUGACACUUGUUAACAGAAAAAGACAGUCAUCAGUCAUGGUAUUCUUUGUAAUAAUGUUUUUUAUUUAACUUUUUAGGCAUUCCUUCUUUUUUAUAUUUUUUGGCAACAUAAUUUGGAAAGUGAUGCAUUAUAUACUGUAAAAUGAUGAAGGACUACUAUCAAGUAGUGCCUUAAAUGUGUAGUCAAUUUGUGGUGAUAGCUGAUUUAUUAAAGUCUAAAUACAAACUAACUAAAACACAUUAUAUAUUAUACUUCAUUACACACAAAAAAGUGAUUGUAUUAUUAUUUAUACUUUACAUAAUGCACAAUAAAUAAAUUAUAUAAUUAAGUGAUUAAUACAUUUCCAGAGGUUAUGACAACAUCCAACCAUUGGUCAGUACAUUUAGAGCUAAUCUACCAUAACCGCAAACAAUUUUAUCUAGCUUCAGCACUCAACUUAUGAAUCACCAUUGGCGAGCAUUUUAAAUCUGUGUAAACUACAAUUAAUCUACCUUUACACAUUUUUGCACCUAUGGGCUUCUAUCAUCCUUAAAUACUAUUUUCAUAUUUUUCAGCUACUACAGUAUAUUCACUGUUUUCCAUUUUGUGUUGCAUUAGUUACACUGUCUCGGUUUAUUCUUAGCACUAUUUAGAUGACUUUUGAAACAAAAUAUUUUGGCUUAAUUGCAUUGCAACUCUUGGUGGAAAUGGUGCAAUAAAAUGAUCAAUUUUGGGCAAUAAAUAUUAAAGCUACUCUUUGACCAACUUUUAUUUCCGGCCCACAGUUGUGAACAAUGUAUAUGCUUGGUUUAAUAGAGCAGCAGAAUUUGUCAAAAUAUUUCAAGUAAAAUUGGUGCCCUUUAGCUUCAUUUAAUUUCAGCAGCUCUCGUCUAUUCUUUUCUCAUGUUUGCUUAAAGGCUUUGUCAGACUGUAGCUGGUAAAGGGACAAAACAGAAGUGGAAUGUUCUGGUUAAAUUUCUUCCAAACUUUAUUUUUAACUCUAAAGUGCUAAUGUUUAUUUUUGGAAAUAAAUAUAUAACUAGUUAAUAACCUGUCAAUCAAUUUAAUUUGUAGCAGAUGAUUUUGAUUAAGAGUUUUGGUAUUGUUAAGGUACAUUCCAUUUUAUCAGCCUUUUAGAUAUUAAUAAAACAUUCAAGCAUCUAUCCAUAUCAUUUUCUAAACCCACUUAAUCACAUAACAUAAUUACAUACUGUAUUAUAGUGUAUAUUCUUCAUUUUUCAAUUGCCCUGUGAAAGUGUUCACAGUGUUAAAAAAUAUUUACCUAAUUCCAAGUUAAUUAAGUUUGUUUCACUGUUCUGCACAACAUGAUCUAAAAAUACAAUGUCAACAAUUACUUAUUCAUCCAUUAGUUUUCUGGCUCCAUUUAAUCAGUGAGUGAUGUGUGGAACCAGAUCCUAUUCAAAUAAUACUGGGCACAAAAAGAAGAACCAGUACAGUACUGCUGUACAGCACUUUAUUAAUUCACAGGGCACACUUAGUCUGUGAUACAUCUUUCCUAGACUCACAACAUAUUCACCUCACUUUUACAACCAUCUGUUGUAGAAAAGUGUGCAUUUCUUAUUUGUGCAUAGAAAUGUCCCCCGUUUUGGAUUUGAAAUCACUGUUUAUCUAUUUUUUAAACUACUUUUUCACCUGCGCUGUUAAACCUGAUUGUUUCAUUGAUCUGGCCACUGUCCUUUACUUUCCAUUUCAAGAUGUUGACCCAUUAUUUGGGAGGCUGGCCAGUCUCCAUACUCACAAACAUAUUUAAUCUCGAAGUACAGUCAUCCUGGAGUAUGCAGCAGGGGGUGAAGCAGAGUUGCGUGCAAGUCAGCAGUAAAAAUUUCUGCUCAUACAAAGAUGAUUCUGAGUCAUAAGUUAACCAAGCAAGCAUUGUGGGAUCUGGCAGGAAGUGAAGUUCUCUGAGAAGACUCAAGAAAAGGUGAAUGUGCAAACUAUACACAGAUAGUUACUGGGAAGGAAGUUUAACACAUUUUGUUAAUGGACCUUUGUGUAGAUGUGAGGGAACAAUAAAGCUAUAAAAAUAAACUAAAAAUCUGAUUGUCUUAUUCUUUUGUUAUUAGAGUAUUUCAUAUAGGUGUCCUUUUUGAACUUAAGAUUUUUAGAAUGGUGUAGUUUUUUCUCUUUGGCACAAUAUCUCAUGCCUUUUAAAAUGGGCUUGGGGUUCAUGUGUGGACUGCAGUUCUUCUACAGAUUUUCAAUUGGAUUUAUGCCUGGGCCUGCAUGGGCUGUUCUAGUAUGUUCAUUUUCAUUUACAUUUUUAAAGUGAAUUCUAUCAUCCAAUAGACUAACUUCAAUAAAUGAAUGAAUUGAUGGAAUCUAUCAUUAGAGAGAUAUGACUGAAGGAAUUGUUAAAAACCAGGAGGGAAGAGAGUAAGCUAUUCUGUGUCAAUUUAAAUUAGAACAUUGUGGGCUGAAUAAAUAUCUGUAUAGAACUGGAAAGGAAUAAAGCAGCUACUGACGCCCAUCUUGGUUUGUACAAGUGCAAACCAUAAGCUUUGUGUAUGCACUCUAUUAGCAGUACUUGAUGUUUAAAAGAAGCAGAUUGAGGCACCAUUUAGAACUUGGUAAGUUCUUCCCAGUACAUACACGGUAUACUGAAAUGCACACACUAUAUUCUGAAAAACACAA